AUCCGGCCGAACCCACACAUCAUCAAAUCCUAGCUGAAUUGUUUCCAUUGGAUGCUAGAAAGCUACACAGCCUCAUUUGCUAGUUGAACUGAACCCGAUAUUCAUGAACCAAAUACCAAAUCAGCUCCUCAUCCAGAUAGCCUGUCUCCUCUCUCUGAUUUUGCAUUCAUAUCUUCCCAUAUCUGCUACCUGUCCUUUUGAUGAUGUGAUUGGUCACACAUGCUUCCUCAAGUUCCUCACAUUGCUACUACCUCAAGACUUUCUUGCUUAACUAGGUUGAAGAAUCUCAGUAAAUUAAAAAAAUAUAUAUCAUAAAUAUGAAUUGGAAUUACUAUGAAAAAGGAGUUUGAAAUUUCUAUCAUGAUCCAAACUUUUUGAGAAGGAAUGAUCACUAGGCUUACCAUAAGAAGCUUGCAAUUUGGAAGCUAUCUGUUCUACCCUUUCCCUAAAAAAAUAAAGACAAUAAAGAAUUUUUGAGGAAAAUUGAUAUGGUCACCAAGGAAGAUUACCAAAUAGUCAAAACCAGAAGGAAAUUUAAGUUUCUUAGGUAGCAACAUGGAAAUUUUGGCGAUGCUAUUUGGGGAGUUUGUACACUGCUUUAGACUGCUUUCUUCAAAUAAAAAUUGCGAGGAGCGCCAAGGCUAAAUGAUCCAACGGUAGAUUCGCACGAAGGAAGGUGAAUCCUUCUUUCGCGCGAAAGAUACAACCGUGCCCCUCGUAGCUGUUGCAACGGUCAUCUCCUGGGUGUCAAUAGCCGUUUUCUCCCUCAUCUUGGCAGGCUUUCCAUCUUUCUUUCCCCCUUCUCCUUCCUUCACUCUCUCAGCUACUUCUUGGAUUCUGCUUCAGAAUCAGGGUUAGAUAAAAUCAGUGAGAUCUCCACUCUCUCUCUCUCUCUCUCGUACCUAGAAUCUAUGGAGUCACCCAAGGAGAAGAUCGAAGGAGAUGGAAGGAAGGCCCUGAGUCAUUUCAAGAAAAGGGAAGUCAUCCAUCCUCCAGACAAACCCCUCAGAGUGUGGAUUGUUUCGAAGCCGCAACCUGAUGACGGGGAGCACAUCGGCACAGAAGAUUCUCGGAAGUCCGAAGCAGAGAUAUUGGUUGAUUUCAAUAAUGGGAUUGGGGCUCGGAGUGGUACUUAUAUUUCGAGGCGGUUAAGGGGUGUAGAUUUUUCUACUUCUGGAGAUGAUUCUGUGGAAGAAGUCAUUUAUGUGAAUUCUGAACUUUUAUCCCGGGAAAGCUAUCUCUUCUUCAAGUUAUUCAAUCAAAUGAAGACAGGAUCACAAGAGGAACCUCUAACCAUUCAAAUUGAAGCAUCUGAGGAGCAUGCCUUAGUCGCGCUUCUGGAGUUCAUAUAUUUUUCCAGCAUGCCACCACCUUCUUACGAAGAAAUUGUCGAUCUGCUGAUGACCUCAGACGAGUUCCAGGUUCUUUCAUGUGCUAUCCAAUGCACAUACCAGCUAGUGUACAAGCUGAACUCACCAUUCUCUUGCUUCGAGCUUUGUCAUAAGGUGCAAUGGGUCAAUGUGAGAGAGUUUCUAGCUGCGGAAGCAAUGACUUACGUUACUCAAACUGACAGUGAUAUAAUGAGCAUUAAGAACGAACUUCUUCGGCAACCAUUUUCUCGAAUUAAGGCACUCUUCUGCAUGGACUAUCUUAAGGUUGAAUCAGAAGAUGUUGUGUAUGAUUUUGUACUGUGUUGGGCUCAGACACUGUGA